AUGCUUACGGAGGAUUCCGACGCUGAAAUGAAGGAACGCGAGCAGUUUGAAGACCAGUACCACAAGCUGGCCGCGGCCGCGCGGGGCUUGCUCAGCGCGCGUCGCUGCCAGCAGCGCGAUAACGGUUCCGUUUCGAGCAACGAUGAUGUUCAGAGACACCUUGUCACUCACCUUACUUACGAGGAAAUGUCUACGUGCCUCACGCAAGUUGAGGCUAUUCUUAAUUCACGUCCCUUGACCCAGCUUUCAUCUGAUCCUUUUGACCUUUCCCCCCUUACUCCUGCUCAUUUCUUAAUUGGACGAUCACUCAUAUCCAUACCGCAUCCGCAAAUCAUAGACGAUCACAUAACUCGCCUUGACCGCUACAAAAGAAUCGAGCACAUCAAACAGCAUUUUUGGCAACGCUUCUCGCUGGAGUACGUUAGUCAGCUGCAACAAAAGCUCAAGUGGCAAGACUCUAGGAGCGAGAUAAAACUCGGCUCCCUUGUUCUCAUUAAGGACCGUACUCUUCCUCCCCUGCUAUGGUCGUUAGGAAGGGUAAUCGCAACCUACCCUGGGAGUGAUGGAAUCGUCAGAGUCGCCGAGUUGAGGACAAAAAGAGGAACCAUCCGAAGGGCCUUUAAUAACAUCUGCCCUCUUCCAGAACUUUGAAGCCUUCUUCAGCAGCCUUCAACCCGGGGAGCAUGUCGCGGACCGGUCUUGACGCACGGGAGGAGACGUGCGGGAGGAAUCCCACCACCACGAGCAGCGCGCCGUCCGCCGAGCGCGCCACACACUCGAUUGGGCCCCCAGCCGUACAUAGCACGUAUUACUCGUUCGGACCUCCAACUCGCGAUCGCCAUUUUGUAUCACCACGUCGUAGUUUAAUACUUAAACCUAAUUGUAAACGGCUAUUAAACCAGCCCUAUU